AUAUGCUCGUCCAAGGCACCGACAUCGCUGCGCAGUGCCGGCUGUACGCUGUGCUGCUCGAGACGCUGCUGCAUAGCACACCUCGCGCAGCUCUCUUUCUUCGCAAGCCAUCGAUCGCGUCGCCGACGCCGUCGCAGUCGCCUCAGCGCGGCCUGCUGCGCGUGCUUCGCUAUGUCCACCACCUUUUCCACGUGCUGCCCAACGAAUGGAUCUAUGCUCCACCCGACGUCCACGCCCGCGCGCUGCUUAUGACCGCACAGCUGCUCGGGCCAUGGGACUACCCACUAAGUCCCAGUACCGAGCAGAGCCUCUCGGGGUCGGCCGCCGACUGGAUCCCGCCCGCAUCGAUAUUGGCCUGUAUCGACAUGCAAGCAACGUGGUUCACGCGCUGGCACCUGACGUGCCCGCGGAAAGGCCAGUGGCUGCACUCGCUACACGAGUGCCAAGUCAUACGCCACCUCAUCGAGCGGCUUGUGCACGGCCACGUGGCCGUCGAGCUCUGGCGCAAGUUCUCCCGGCACACCAUGUCGCCGGCGGGCGUGACGUAUCGCCGCCGCAGUCUCUCGCGCGCGACACUACUGCCGUCGUCGCACGUUGCGCUCGAAAGUCCGUCGCCGCUGCCGCAGUGGUACACGAUCUUCAUGCAAAAGGCCAUGGUCCAGACUCUGCACAUGCUGCUCGAGCUCCUCCCAUUAUCCUCUGUGCAAGCGGCGUUUCCGAUGCAAAUUCCCACAACCGAGCAGCCCGGCAGCACGCCACUGCCCGCGACUCUGUCGCCGGAUCCCACGACCAACCAAUUGCUCUUCACGAUAUCGUCGCCCGCAUGUCCUGCCCCUAGCAAGACGGACAGCGUUGGGUUGGAUGCGGCGUGCCUACACCUAACCCUGGUGUGUCUAGUGCAGCUCUGGCGGUCGGACGCGGGCUGUGCGGCCGUCAGCUCGUCGCCACUCGAUGCGAUGCACGAAGCCAUGCUACCAAAGCUCGUCCACCUCGUGCGUCGCCAGCAGUCGGCCUCUUUCUACGAUUUACUGCUGCACGUGCUACUGCACGUCCGACGCCUCGAGCACGAGCGCCCGGUGGACAUGGCAAGCAUCGCCUUCCCGUAUGCGGCGAUGGGCUCAAGAGAUGCCAAGCCGCUGUUGCUUACGUACAUGCAACACGUGCUCGUGCACCGCGACCACCCGCGCAUCCAGGCGUUCGUGCAGCAGCUCGUGGGAAGCGCCGUCGACGGCCUCCUCUCGCUGCCGCCGACGGCGGACGCUGCGCACCAGAUCGUGUCCCUUGUGUCCGAUGCCACCGUAUGCGCUGGCGAAAUGCACGCGCGCAUCGCCGGUGCCUGUCGGGCCUCGCUUCUCUGGCUCGACCUCUUUACAAGCUCGACAGCAUGGUUGGCGAUCGUGCGAGACGCGUGCCCGGCCUUGCCGACACGGCUGCGGGACUGCAUCCUGCGCGAUCUCACGGCGACCGCACGCGGGCUCGCGCUCGCCUACGACUUGCUGCUUGCGUUUCCGAUCACCCUCGAGCCGCUGUGGGCGGCGCGGGACAUGCACACGCUCUUGCAGAUGCUUUCGAUACCAACGUCGGCAGCUACCUUCUUGCACGCCAGCACGACGCUGGCGACGACGUUCGAGGACCGCGUCGACGCGUUGAAUUCGCACGUCGACGGGUUUGAAGCGCUCGUGGACUGCGGUGUCGACGCACCUCUGGAGCUGCGGGACACGGUGGUCGACCUAUCGGACCUCGCGCUUCUCUUUCGAACGCCGUAUGCUUCGAAUGGCAUCGCACACUCGCCGUGGUGGCGUCGCUGGGUCGUGGACGCGAGGGCUGGGGACGUCUCGCAUUUAGCGCAGCUGGUUCUGGUGGACGCGCUCGUGCAUUCGUCGCCUGCGGGUGCACAUGCGGUGGCGAUGCAAGUAGACGCCGCGCUAUGGCAAUGCGACUGCCUCAACCAGAUGCCACCGUGUGCGAUCGACCCGAUCUCGUGGCGCCAGCACCGCAUCCAGCAACGAUUCCAGCGCAUCACAGCGACGCGCGAUGAGCCAGAUGUGCUGCUUCGCACGCUGCCAACGACGGUCGCAACGCCAUGCGCGUUGUCGCUCCGGUCCCUCGAGGCGCAGUUUUUGCAGUUGCAGCACGCCAUGCGCGCCGCGACCAACCACUUGGACUUUAAGGCGAUCGGCGACCUCUAUUGGCACAUUGUCGACGACAUGGCGAGUGUGCCCGAUGACGCGCCGCUCACCGCGUGGCUCGGCGAUGUUGUCAUGGAGCUUGUCGUCGGCGCCAAGAGCAAGCUCGCACUGCCGUACCCAAGGUGUGCGUCGUCGGCCUUGCCUUCGAUCGAACCCGCGUCCGAGACAUGGCUGCCGGUCAUCAACCGGUGGCUCAAGCACAUGACUACGUCGAUUGGGCUCGACGCGUUGCCGUGCACGUCGUUGUUACCGCCGACUCUCCUCGUGAUGUUGUCGCCGCGCCACAGUGUCAAGGAGGUGCUGGCGUGUUUGGCGGCGCUCCGGGGCGCAGGCCCGGCGCUCUUCCUCUGGCCCGCGCGCGCAAUGGCCGACGCCACGUUCCAGGGCUGCCCCGUCCCACUCUUCCGCGUCGCAUCCAUCGUCGAAGCGGUCGCUGGCACCGAGUGCCCUGCCGUGCUGACGGCGCUCAAGCGACUGCACGUUCCACUCACGACAUUGCUCUUGCGCUGGCAGCUCCACGGUCUCUGGUCUGUCCUCCCGUGGCGCCACGUCAUGGUGUACAUCAACUUGGUCGGUGUCUACGGCAUGGACUACAUACCGCUAUUGACCCUCGUGCUCCUGCGCGAGCUGCAGCCGACGUGCAUCGCGGCCACGACGGCCGCCGAUGUCCUCGACGCGACGAUUCCAGCGUUUGCAUGGGGCGCCCGUCGCGCGUGGAUCGAGCGCCUCCACAGCUUGUACCAUGACGUCAUUCAGACCGGCAUGCGCCGACUGUACACAUGAUCAUCUACCUCG